ACUGCAUCUUCUUUACAUCUCCAGAAACCAAUCCGCCAGGGUGGUGCUUCACUUUCUCACUUCAGUCAUAUCAACCGAACCUGCUUCACUUCACUGUUCUACAACUUCACUCACUUCAGUUUGAACGCCCAGAAGCAUACGUUCUGAAGCAUACGUUCUCACCAUGAACCCUCCUCUCCCCGACCAUCGCAUCCGCGCAAGCCUCCUCGAACCAUCGUUCGAAGCUCCAAACCUCGCCAUGAAGGCCAAAAAGCUUCACCCAGAGAGCGACAUGCUCCUCAUCCUCAAAGACAACAGCAAGCUCAGCGUAUCCUCCGCCAUCAUGGCAAACGCCUCCGAGAUCUUCACCACCAUAUUCGCAACCUACCCACUCGAGCGUGACGACGGCAGCUCCGCCCUACGCAAGAAGAUCAUCCUGCCAGGUGACGAUGCCAAGGCCAUGACGACGCUGUGCGCGGCUCUUCACCACGCGCACAACUCGCUUGGCAGUGAAGUCCCGUCCUUGGAGCAGCUGCGCGAGAUCGCCCUCAUCGUCGACAAGUACCAGUGCGGCGCUGCGGCGCUGCGGCCUGCUUUCGCGCGCUGGCUGCCGCAGGCUCUUGGCAACGUGCGCGGCAAUAGUGACAGGACUUCCUUCGGGCUGUAUGGCGACCUGCUGGCGUUUGCGCGCCUGCUCGAUAACCCCGCGCUCUUCUACGCCUGCGAGUGCGGCGUGUGAGCGCGUGCUGGGCGAGGUGCUUGCGAGAUAUUUUUGCCUGGAGUGCUUGGCGCGGUUUGAUGUCCAGGGCGUGAAGAUCGGGAUUCGGGAUGCG